AAAAAAUGAAGCAAGAAAGAAAAAGCAGCAACUGAAAAUAUCUCCUCCUCCCUAGUGUAACCGCUAUUAACAGCCUGGUAUCUUUUAUAGUCCAUGUUCAAACACAUACAUAUAUACCAUUAUUGUUUUUAUAAAAAUGGAACCAUGUCCUUGACUUUUUCUCUCCUCCAGUUCCAAGUCAGUACCUACACGCCUUCCUUGUUCCAUCGGAUGUAUUUCAAUUUAUUCAACCAGACCCUGGCUUUCAACAUUUAGCUGUCUCUAAUUCUCUCUGUAACAAGCAACAUCCUUGGGCAUGCAUCCAUGCACUGACUACAGGUAUUUCUGCAGGAUGGAUGCUCAGAAGUCUAAUUGCUGAAUGAAAGGGCAUGCAAGUUUCACACGUUGACAGGUGCUGCCAGUUUGCCUUCCGAAGGCUCUUCCAGUGCAACACCCCUCCCAAGGCAGUGUGUGUGAGUGGGGAAGGCUCUUAAGCCACAAGUGACGUGGAGCUGCGCUGUAUUUAGGGGCUGCCUCCCCUUCUGCUCCCCGAGACCUGGCGUGGAGACCGCCACCAGGAGCUCCGAACACACAGGCCCAAAUUGGAAUAGGAGAUGGAUUUUGAUAAAAGAGGUUAAAUAACAGGUUUUUCCAUUUCACCUUAUACGAACGGGAUGGGGGGGGAUGGGGGUGCUGGGCCUCCAGCCAAUAGAGGACCAAGAGUUGUCAGGAGGGCUUAUAAAGCUUGCUAUUUCUGGCAUUUUUUCCUCUUUCUCUGCUGAUUAUGCAGCAGACUCGCACAGAGGCUGUCGCGGGCGCGUUCUCUCGCUGCCUGGGCUUCUGUGGAAUGAGACUCGGGCUCCUUCUACUUGCAAGACGCUGGUGCAUUGCAGGUGUGUUCCGCAGAAGUUUGAUGGUGACAGUGCCUACGUGGGGAUGAGUGACGGAAACCCAGAGCUCCUGUCAACCAGCCAGACCUUCAACAGCCAGAGCGAGAACAACGAAGACUAUGAGAUCCCCCCGAUAACACCUCCCAACCUCCCUGAGCCAUCCCUCCUGCACCUCGGGGACCACGAAGCCAGCUACCACUCGCUGUGCCACAGCCUCACCCCCAACGGUCUGCUCCCUGCCUACUCCUAUCAGGCCAUGGACCUCCCAGCCAUCAUGGUAUCCAACAUGCUAGCACAGGACAGCCACCUGCUGUCGGGCCAGCUGCCCACGAUCCAGGAGAUGGUCCACUCGGAGGUGGCCGCCUAUGACUCAGGCCGGCCCGGGCCCCUGCUGGGUCGCCCGGCAAUGCUGGCCAGCCACAUGAGUGCCCUCAGCCAGUCCCAGCUCAUCUCGCAGAUGGGCAUCCGGAGCAGCAUCGCCCACAGCUCCCCAUCACCCCCGGGGAGCAAGUCAGCAACCCCCUCUCCCUCCAGCUCCACGCAGGAAGAGGAGUCGGAAGCGCAUUUCAAGAUAUCGGGAGAAAAGAGACCUUCAGCCGACCCAGGAAAAAAGGCCAAGAACCCAAAGAAGAAGAAAAAGAAGGACCCCAACGAGCCGCAGAAGCCUGUGUCGGCCUACGCACUCUUCUUCAGAGACACUCAGGCCGCCAUCAAGGGUCAGAACCCUAGUGCCACUUUCGGUGAUGUGUCCAAAAUCGUGGCCUCCAUGUGGGACAGCCUGGGAGAGGAACAGAAGCAGGCCUAUAAGAGGAAGACAGAAGCAGCCAAGAAGGAAUAUCUGAAGGCUCUGGCAGCCUACCGGGCUAGCCUCGUCUCCAAGAGCUCCCCGGAUCAAGGUGAGACCAAGAGCACUCAGGCAAACCCACCAGCCAAAAUGCUCCCACCCAAGCAGCCCAUGUAUGCCAUGCCAGGCCUGGCCUCCUUCCUGACACCGUCGGACCUGCAGGCCUUCCGCAGCGGGGCCUCCCCGGCCAGCCUUGCCCGGACGCUGGGCUCCAAGUCUCUGCUGCCAGGCCUCAGUGCGUCCCCGCCGCCGCCACCCUCCUUCCCGCUCAGCCCCACACUGCACCAGCAGCUGUCACUGCCCCCUCACGCCCAGGGCGCCCUCCUCAGUCCACCUGUUAGCAUGUCCCCAGCCCCCCAGCCCCCUGUCCUGCCCGCCCCCAUGGCACUCCAGGUGCAGCUGGCGAUGAGCCCCUCACCUCCAGGGCCACAGGACUUCUCACACAUCUCUGAGUUCCCCAGCAGCUCGGGAUCCUGCUCACCUGGCCCGUCCAACCCCACCAGCAGCGGGGACUGGGACAGCAGCUACCCCAGUGGGGAGUGUGGCAUCAGCACCUGCAGCCUGCUCCCUAGGGACAAAUCGCUCUACCUCACCUAAUCCCGCCUCCCCACCAUCCCUGAGGCUCGCUGGAAGGCACUGCUCAGAGCCUGAAGGGCUGACAGCAGAAAAGAGGCCCUGGCCAGAGGCAGGGUGGCCCAUCCGAGGGAGCAGUGACACACCCAUUGCGGGGGGCUGAGUCUCUUCCUCGACCUCCCACCAGACUCUGCAGAGGCAGCCCACUGCCCGCCGCCAGCCCAAAGAACCUGCAGGAACCUUCUGCCCGCUGACCUGCUUGCUCCAGGGUAACUGUGGACCCUGUCUUCGCCCUGCGCACGGUACCCUAUGUCUGGAUGCCUGGCCCCGGCCCCGGCCCACGUGGGCUGCCCCUGGCAGGGUCGCUUACCAACGGACACCCACCCCAGAUGCAUGGGCCAGGGGGCCGGCCCCCGUCAUAGACGUGCACAUCGGUUUUCCAGUGUGAACAAAAGAUGACGAAACCUAGAAACCGUUGGUUCCGUGUAAGUAGUCGACUACGUGUUUUAGAACUGUGCUGAAGACAUCUGUAAGAUUAUUUUGUGGGGAAAAAAAGUAGUUUCCUUUAAGGUAAAAAUCAUUUUAUAUGAUCCUUAGCACAUUUUUAAGUUUUAUCUUAAGGGAGACGUGCACAAAAGCGGCUGCCAAACCGUUUCGUCAUCCUCACAGCAAGGACCGGACGAUUGCUAGCCACCCCGGAGCACCGCUCUCCUUUUAACCAUGUGUUCAUCUAUUUUACAUUGCCAGCGACGACUUUUGUCUAUUUAUGGAGAAACCUUGAGAACAAAGUUGCAGCUUAUCCUACCGUGUGCGUGGUUUUGGGGUUUGGUUUGGGUUUGGGUUCUUGACGUCGUUUGCAGCUGUUUCCUGGCCCUGGCGAGUGUCUGUCUUGGUGCCCAGUGCUUCUCUCAAAUCUCUUUAUAAUAAAACUUCUGAAAAGCUGAAAACAA